AAUUAUUAAGAAAAAUCUUUAUUUUAAACAAUGUCAAGCUUAGUGAAGUUUCCAGAACCCAUUCGAAUAGUUGGAUACAAUCCAGAUCUCAAAAAGUAUCAAUUUGAUGCAAAAGCAUUUGCCAAAAUAGCAACAUCAGAUGAAAUCAAGGAUUUACCAAUUGCUGUCGUUUCAAUCAUCGGAGAUAAUCGAAAAGGAAAAUCAUUUUUACUCAACUAUUUUCUUCGCUACUUACAACGAUACGAUCAAGAAGACUGGCUUGGUGAUCCAAAUGAACCAUUACAAGGAUUCCCAUGGAAACAAGGAACAGAAAAGGUUACAGUUGGAAUGGUUUUAUGGCCUGAACCUCUAGUUAUAACAAAAAAAGAUGGCACGAAAAUUGCAGUGCUUUUAAUGGAUACUCAAGGAUUAUUUGAUCAUCAAUCGAAAGAUGAAAACUAUAUGGACAUUUUUGUAAUCUCAUCUUUGCUCUCGUCUGUUCAAGUAUACAACAAGAGUAACAACAUCCAGAGUAACGAUAUAAUUCAGCUGUCUCAGCUGAUUAAAUACUUGAAAGAGAAGCAAAAAAAUGUUUUGGAUUUCGAACAAGCAGUUUUGUUAGAAAAACCUGAAAAACUUUGGUUUCUUGUUCGAGAUUGGGCUUUUGAAUGUGACCAUUCAUUUGGCGCUGUUGGAGGAAGGCAGUUUUUAAAUUUCAAGAAGAGUAACCAGUCCAAUAAGUUCAAACAAGCUUGGGAUACCAUUGAUGAAUGUUACUCAGAAGUUGACUGUUUUUUAAUGCCUCAUCCUGGACUUGAUGCAAUCAAUAAUCCAGAUUUCCAAGGUGAAAGAUGUAAUCUUGAGCCUGAUUUUGUCGACUCUUUGCGGGAACUUGUUUUAAAUUUAUUGUCGCCAGAAAAUAUUGCAAUCAAAAAAACAGAAGAUAAACCGAUGAAAUUUUUGGAAUUUUUAAAACUCGUAGAAAUUUUUGGAACCACAUUCUCUGGAAAUAAUUACAUCUAUGACGAUGAAUCUCAAUUGGCCUUUGAAUACAUAGCGCGAACAAUAGAAGCAAGUAGAACUGCAAAUGAAAUGUUCAUCUCGAAAAUGGUUGAAAAUAGUUUGCACAACAAUGUCCAACAGUUUAAAUCUCAACUUGAAUCUGCUCGUUGGGAAUCUAUAUCAUUUUACCUCAAAGAAACACAAUCGAUUGACUCGGAAAUCAUGUUAGAUUCUCUAAGAGAACUUGAAAAUACACUAAAAUCUCAUGCUAUAUCAUUUGAAAGAAUCAAUUCUGAAGUACGACCUCAACCAUCCAGCAGUCCAACAUUGGCAGUUCAAAGAUUUAGUUAUAAAAAUUUGAUACUAUUGGGUGCUAGAUUUUUAUCUCCAAGUUUCUUGUUUAAAUUAAUCCGUGCUCAUUUUACAAGAAAUAGACGAUGAAAUUAUGAUAAAAUACAGCAAACUACUCUGGAUAAAAUUGGAAAGGGAAUAAUUUCAAUGUAAUUGACACAAAAAUAAACAAUCUGUGCGUGUAUCCAAUCGUGUGAUUAAUAAA